GUUGCCUCUGCAGUCGCUCCACUGCGAUCGUUGGCUCCCGUCUCACUACUUUCGCUUUCACUUACGCACAGAUCGUGCAUCUCACUCUCGUUUAAACCACCACUCUUUUCAUAUUAACAAAAAGCCCCAACCACUUCUACCUUUCUUGUGUCCAAUUUAGAAUCCGCUACCUCGAUCAUAUUAACUUUCUCGUCCACAUCACUAACAUUUUCGAAACAUGGUUCACAAUGGUCCCCGUCGGCUCAACCGCCUGCCACAACGCCUGGAUUAUACUCUGAUCCCUGCACCCCUCGACUUGUCACUUCCGCUUGUCGACGAGAAGGCCGCAUUACCAGCCAUCAUCGUGACGCCGUCGUCUCCCUCAGGGCAAACCGACUUUUCCAUCGCCUUCCUCGCGCCUCCCGAGACGCCCACCUUUAAGCAGCGCGUAUUUUCCGCGUUGUCCAAUCUUCCCAGGCCGUCUUCACUCCAGCCGCGUCUCCCCUCGCAGAUCCAGCUGCCGGCUACGCCCUAUAAAACCGAAUUCGACUCUUCACCUUCAUGGACGCUGAAGACAAGGGCCAGCACCACUAUCCUCAUGGCUAUUCUCGUCUUCAUUUUCGGCUGCCACCUCUUGCUGCACAGUCUCGCCUCGUUGCACCCUCGCAUGGACUACGGAACCGCGUCGGACGACAGCGUCGUUGCUGCCGUCUUUGGUGGCGACGUCGACAGCAUAGGCGGUGCACACCGUGACUCGUCCGAUUCUGCAACACCAGCUCUCGGCGGUGCCUUCAAUCUGCAUUCCUUGUGGGCGCCGGGCCAUUCGUUCGGUGGCUUUGGUGGUAAGCGUAGCAGCCACGCACGCUUUGUCAUAUCGGAACCGAAAGAGCUCAAGGUCGAGCCCACGCAGUCCACCAACGUUUAGAUGGGAGAGAUGGAUCUACGUGGCUGUUUAUAACAGCAUGACACGACCUUCUAUGUCCUUGACGCUGCCCCACCUGGGUCUGUGCAUAUGUUGUUUUUACCCUCGGGUCGCCGGCUCUUGCGCCGGCUUCGAUACCUUCACGGCUGCAUGUUCUGGAGCGCACUCCUCGUACUUAGGUGCUACCCUCGGCAUAAUUUGGAUUCUGCUCUAUUUAUUGGGUGUCCUUGUUCGUGUCGCUGUAUCGUCGUAGGUUAUAUAGGCGAUCUUGGCCGCCGAACGUGGCAUCUCCUUUGUUCUUCUGUGUAACCCCGUUGUGGCGCAGCUUCGUGUGGCGUGCAUAGUUGAACUUGGAGCCAUGUAACCUAGAUACCCGAGGCUUUGUAUUACUACUUUUGUUUGCAGCUCCACCCUCCGUGGGUACUGUCACCACCGUCGAGCACUGCCCGCCACUGUCAAAUAUCACGGACAGUUGCAAUCAAGCACGCGCACGUCGACGGUGUCUCUGCCACUGGCAGGGCGCAGCGGCUGUGCGACGGUCGGCCCAACCACGACGCAUGCCGGAUUAGGAAGUGCAUUUGUUAGUUGCAGGAUCCGCGGGAAACAUCCCAGACUUUCAUUGGCCGCUGGUCGCUUGGCGCGCGUGCUGUGCUCGUCCCUGAACGUAACCAUCUCCGCCCUAGGCGGGGCAGUUUACGGACUCAUCCUCCACGCCGAGCCAGGGCCAACCAAACAAAUCUUUCGCAGCCUUUCGUGGCAGAGCUUGUGGGGUUCAGCAUGCCUGUGCACUGCUACGGCGAGCAGAAUGUACGCGCAAAGACGCGACUCGUCUUUGCUUGCUCGCUGACAAGGUGACUCCUCGGGGGAUCGACAGGCAGCGUCUCGACAAUGCGUGAUCAGCGCCCAAUAUCCGUAUAUGUAGCCUAGUCUCAACCCAAAGGAGCACGGAUGCGGCGAGCAACCGCCAAACUGCCCUGGUUCUACAACAUCCGGAUCGAUAUAAGGAUGCCUGGUACCGGAAGCUUGAGAGCUAGGACCGCUUUUCUCUUUCGCCUCUGUACUUUGCUCCUUCUUUGUCCGCCCCGAUUGUGCACAAAAUGCCCGGACACUGGAUAGGGUUGACUCGCCUCGGAGUGUUCUGUGCCGUCCCGGUCUUCGCCAUCAUCGUCCUUGGGCUCGGCGCCGACUGGAUCGCCGUCACCGAAGAUGAGGAGGGCGGGUACUUUGAUUACGCCGCUCUGGCCGUCGCUACCGCCGUGCUCACCCUGGUGACCAUGCCUGCGAUGCUGAUCAUCGACUUCCUCCGGCGCGGCGCGUUCACCUCCAUGAUCCUCGUCGAGAUUGUCUGGCUCGGCAUCCUCUGGGUUCUCUGGCUCACGACAGGCUCCUUCGCCGCGAACCAGCUCGGGGACGUCAGCAGCUGCAACUCUGCGUUCUUCCCCCAGUGGGCGAAGACGGGCUGCUCCGAGACGCAGGCGAUCAUCGCCUUCGCCUUCCUCGCCUGGAUCGCCCUGGUCGCGUACUGGACCGCGCUCCUCACCGUGGCCGCCAUCUCCGCCAACAAGGGCUCGCCGCGCGUGUGGUACACGAGCGUCAAGGAGGCCAACUUUGCCCCGAGCACCGCCAAGGUCGACCUCACCGGCGCGAUGGGCACCGCGGAGCACAAGGGCGCUGUUGCCAAUGCGUCCCCGGCGAUGCAGCAGGACUACCCGCCUGCGCCGCACCCCGUGGGCCCGCAGCACGGCUACCAGCCCACCCAGAUGUAGGCGUUUUGGCUACAAGCAGUCGUGUGUCGCCUCCGAGGACUUGGUUGCCUUGUUUCGAUCCGUUUCGCUUCUUUUCUUCUCUUUUCUCGUAUCAUCUGACCUUUUCUUCCCCUGCGAUAUGACCCCCUUCCCUGUAAUAUACGGUAAAUACCCUUGUUGGGUUCUUCAACGAAUACAUCCUGGCGACUGUGCCCCAGUGUUGGCUCU